AUCCCCCUACAUACCCUAUCGACCUUUAACCAAACUCGGCGCAAACUCUCGUCUCGGUGAUAACUUUUGCGCCACGAGCAUUUCUUCCUUUUCCUUCCUCUUCUAUUAAACUUCUUUUUCUUUUCCUCCUCUAACUUUAAUCUCUUUGGAACUUAGAAUAACAUUCAGGAAUAAAAGAUGGCGUCUAUCGACGACUUGCCGGACGAGAUCGUCCAUCAGAUUCUACUCUACGUAUCUCCGGAAGAAACUAUAACCAAGAUCGCAUUACUUUCGAAGCGUUUCAACCGAGUCGCGCAUGAACCUCUCCUCUGGAGGUCUUAUUGUCAACACGGUUUCAAGUACUGGCAAUCGAGUCACCAUUUCAAAGAAAGGUUAAAGGGUAAUUUGCACGAUACAGACUGGCGACGUCUCUUCCUCCAGCGACUUGGCCGUAAUGCUCGUAUCGCACGCCUCGUCGACGGGAUUGUCGAAUCUCGUGUACUUCGUUUGCAGAAGAUAGAGCAGAUCUGCCAAUAUGGAUACGAUGCAAAGGACUAUCUCCUGACUCAGUGUCAGGUUCCUGAUACGGUAGAUGACGUUUUGGCGCGAAGAUAUUAUUCUUGCUCCGCCCUCGACAGUAUACACCGAAGUCUCGCGAUAGACGAAUGGGCCAAGUACCAGAAGUACGCAUCACGUCGCAUCGACGAAGAUACCCCGAAUAGUGAAAGACUGAACUGCGGCAUGCGCCUCGAGCGCGCACUCGGCGCCUUUGAUAUGUUUACACUCCACGAUAACGAUGGUGACUUGGACGAGAUAUCCGAAAUGUUGGAUGAUAUCACUGCACGAUUCCGCAGCACUCAGGUACAUCUUGAUGAGUUGAGCACCCGGCAGAAAGCUAUCGCAUUAGCUCGAUGGCUCCAUUCGAACAAUAUGACAGGCUUAAAUGAUCCGACUGAGCAAACAUAUCGUUAUCUUCGCAAUUGUCUGAUUGGUAGAGCUCUUCGAGACGACCAUCAUCCGUCGCUGCCAAUCAUAUCCGCCGCCAUCUACUCCGCUAUAUCAUCGCGACUUGGGAUGGAAGCCUACCCCUGUGCCCUACCCAACCACGUCCAUGCUACCGUUUUAUCCCCGCCGGGCAUAUCGUUAGACGGCUACCCUCUCCCGGUAGAAGAUUCGGAACAUCAGGAGAACAUGUUCCUCGACCCCUAUGGAUCAGACGAGGAAGUUCCUCUGGAUUACAUACACCACUUCCUAUCCCGACUCGGCAUCCAUACUGGCCAUGACAAUCUUCUAAACCCCACAGCCACGGACCUGAUCGUCAUGCGCACGGCUCAGAAUAUCCGCGCAUCUUUCACCAGCUUCCGUACCAACGAGCGUCCGCUCUCCCAGCUUAUUCCGAUGAUCGAGCUCAACCGCGGCGACUGGGCCCGUAACCUACAGCCGGCACUAUAUAGCAUGAUCUGGGCUAGUAUCAUGAUGGUGCCCGUACUGCCGGAGAAUGACGAGAUCCGCUGGGACUGGCAGCAGGACGUUGGCGAUCUUCGCACCUACUUCUACGAGUACUUCCCCGAGGAUUCGUGGUUAGUCGAAAAGUACGUAUGUCCCAUGUACGACGUCUUCGCCGCACCGUCGCGCAGACAACGGAACGACGGGGAGCUGCCCUCAAAGCCGCUGCACGAUCAGAUCCGUGAGAUUAGACUUGUAGAUGCGUCGAGAAAGCCGCCGAGACGCAGGAGCGCCCUUGGCGACAGCACGAGGGUUAAGUAUCGUGUUGGCCAGGUUUUCAAACACAAGCGCUACGAGUACCAUGGCAUCGUCCUCGGGUGGACAGUCGAGGGCGCAUCUUCUUGGGAGGAUAAUCCGUUAUCGCCGCCUUGGUCGACGUAUAGCCAGCCGUUUUACCGGUGCAUGGUCGGCACCGAUGGGUCGGAUCAUCACGUUAUCGCCGAAGAAAAUAUCGAACUCGUCGAACUGCGCGGCGGCCCCGAGGUUCUCCCAACCGAGAUCAAGGAUCUGAUGCCCAUGGCCGGCAAGUUCUUCAAGCGAUGGGAUGCCGAGAACGGUGUUUUCGUUAGUAAUAUGAGGGAGAUGUUCCCCGAGGACUAGACUAGAGGUUACGUCUGCUUCAAAACCUCACAAUUAUCACGUUUACUCUUGUAUUUGCCUACCUAUUGUCUACGUUUAUCCUAUUUUUGCUGUACAUUAGACUUGGCUCGUCAUACAAGAUGGCCUUUUUACGACUUCCACGACGCUCUCCGCUAUGGUUACUGUUUCUAUUGCUUUUAAUCACUUGUUUCGCUUUUACCUAGGUGUCUUCGAACACUUUCAUCGGGCUACAGGGGACGUCGAUAUGGAUCGAUGUAGUAUUUGUUAUGCCUUUAAUUGAUAAUUCCUUGAAUGAUAUCUAUCUCUUUCUUUUAAA